CCUGCCCUACCCUGCCCUGCCCGGGUUGUGGGCGAGGCUGUUCCUGGGGCGAGUGGGUGGGAGGUCCCAGCUUCCUAGGGCCGGGCCUGGCCUGCACCCUCCCUCUCCCGACACCUGCGUCCCUAGCCUCAUUUGCUUACACCCAGGCCUUCCUCCACCACCUCUUGCUCUUACCCCUCUCUCUCUUCUGCCCCCCUGCCCUCCUUUUCCCUUCCCCUUCCUUUGCUCGGCUUCUUUUCCCUUCCAUCCUUCGUGAAGGGAGGAAGGACAGAAUCGGCUGGGUUCCCCCAUGGGAGACACACCCAAAUUUUCCUCCAGUUUGGGGAGAGGUCCUUCCCAGAAGCCUUGAGUCCCUCCUGACCUCCAGGAGUCUUUAGCCAGGAUGGAGGCUGUUGUGAACUUGUACCACGGGAUGAUAAAGCAUGCAGAUCCUCGGGUCCAGGGCUACCCUCUGAUGGGAUCCCCCCUGUUAAUGACCUCCAUCCUCCUGACCUAUGUGUACUUCGUUCUCUCACUUGGACCUCGAAUCAUGGCCAAUCGGAAACCCUUCCAGCUCCGUGGUUUCAUGAUUGUCUACAACUUUUCACUGGUGGCACUCUCCCUCUACAUUGUCUAUGAGUUCUUGAUGUCGGGCUGGCUGAGUACCUAUACCUGGCGCUGUGACCCUGUCGACUAUUCCAAUAGCCCUGAGGCACUUAGGAUGGUUCGAGUGGCCUGGCUAUUCCUCUUCUCCAAGUUCAUUGAGCUGAUGGACACAGUCAUCUUUAUUCUCCGGAAGAAGGAUGGGCAGGUGACCUUCCUACAUGUCUUCCAUCACUCGGUGCUUCCCUGGAGCUGGUGGUGGGGUGUAAAGAUUGCCCCAGGAGGAAUGGGCUCUUUCCAUGCCAUGAUUAACUCCUCUGUGCACGUUGUCAUGUACCUGUACUAUGGGUUAUCUGCCCUAGGCCCUGUGGCUCAGCCCUACCUUUGGUGGAAAAAGCACAUGACAGCCAUCCAACUGAUCCAGUUUGUCCUGGUCUCACUGCACAUCUCCCAGUACUACUUCAUGCCUAGCUGUAACUACCAGUACCCGGUCAUUAUUCACCUCAUCUGGAUGUAUGGCACUAUCUUUUUCGUGCUGUUCUCCAAUUUCUGGUAUCACUCUUACACCAAAGGCAAGCGGCUGCCCCGUGCACUUCAGCAAAAUGGAGCUCCAGGUGUUGCCAAGGUUAAGGCCAACUGAGAAACAUGGCCUAGAUAGGCGCCCACCUAAGUGCCUCAGGACUGCACCUUGGGUAGCAUCCAUCAGUACCCUUCCUGCCUACACCUGUGACCAGGGUUUAUAUGGUCAGGACUAAGCAGGGAACUGGCCCUCUCCUCCCCACAGCUGGUCUACAGGGACCACCACUUCCAUUUGUUCCUACUUCCUCCGGCCAGCUCCGGGGAUGUGGCCUUAUUGCUCUCUGCUGCUCCAGAGCUGGGGGCUAAAAGGGCUCGACGCUUACUUCCCCCUCUCUGCCUUAAACUUGGGAGAGGAGCACUCAGGGCUGGCCCCCACCAGGGUCUUGUGGCCUUUUUCCUCACACUGAAGAGGUCAGCAAUAAUCUGUCACCAUGGACCCAGUCUCGCUCCUCCACCCCACACUGAAGCAGUAGCUUCUGGGCCAAAGGUCAUGGUGGGCGGGAGCCUGGGAAUACAGCCUAUGGAGGCUGCUUACUCACUUGUGUUUUAAUUAAAAGUGACAAGAGAAAAC